GGGACUGAUUGCCAGUGCUGAGAACACACCAACCUCUCCGACUUCACACUCGAUUACGGCUGUUAAGAAAGGCAAAGCAUGACUGCGGACUAUGGGAUGUGUGUGCGUUGGCUGCUUCGAAAGUGUGUCUUCUUCUUCCUGGCAUCGGUUCAGUUUAUUCAAAGUAGAGAUGUCACCAUGGUGAUAGGAGAGGUGGGUGGGGCUGUGACCCUCCCCUGUACGUCUGACCUCUCCCCAAUCUACCUGUAUGUACAGAGACCUGACCCAGUGGAGUUCAUUAACGGCUACCAUCAGACAAAGGUCUUACCAUCGCCUGACCCAAAGUAUGCAAACCGUACGCAUGUAGACCCCAAACAGGGAACAAUGAAGCUGUGGAGUAUAUGGCCGUCAGAUGAGGGGCUGUACGAAUGCCACAUCCGAUACCCAACCAAGGACAACCGGGAGAUCAUACAGCUCAAUGUGACAGCCAACUACAGCAUCCCCAAUGUAACAGUGGCUUGUGACAGCAGCAGUUGCUUGGUGACGUGUUCCUCCGACAACGGUUACCCUCGUAGGGACGUUGAGUGGAGCCCGAACCCUCCUCUGAACCAGAGCCACUGGAGAGCAGUGAACAGCAGUGGGAGGAGAGACCCGGUCUCUACGCUGUUCUCGGUCUUCAGUUCCAUAUCCGUCAGCUGCUCCUCCGGACCCUGGCUGAACCUCAGCUGUGCUGUAGGGGGCGCCCUCUCACAGGAACACACCGUCUGCAUGCCACAGGCAGGCUCUCCUGAUAUCCUUGUUGUCUGUGUGAUCUCUGCUGUCUCUGCUGUUCUGCUGUGUUUCCUGGUUCUGGUAUUUAUCAGCAAGAAAAGGAAGGCUAAGCCAGCCAGAGGUAAUCAAGGAGGGAAGGUUGCAGCAAAUUCAGAAAAUGUACAGCUGACCUGAAGGAACCCAGACACUUGAACAUUCGGAAGACAGAAUGUGGAAGGUUCUAUUAUUUGACUCAUUGGAUACUGCCUUCUAAUGGGAUAUGGUAAAGAGAUUACUGAGGUGACCUAAACAUUGCCUGAACUUGGUGCUGUUGGAAACUAUGUUAACUUUCCUCUACAUGCUGGAUGGUAAGCUGGACUUCAGGGGUGUUUUUACGGCGUUGAGGAAGACUGAAAAUGGUAUGUUAAAAUGACUGAGUUCCACAGAAAACCAAUGAAUACUUGAAAUGCAAUGACUGUCCUCAAUGUGUGCACUAAACCAGGGCAUGCAAUUAUCCAAGGCAACAUAUACAAUUAUUUGUAUUGUGUUGUAUUAGGACUAGCGACAUGCACUUUAGAAAAGUGUACACUUAUCCAGUGAUCACUUAUCAGGGAUUGACUGUAUUCAACUGAUUGAUGAAUAUUGGAAGUGAGUGUGUCUGUCAGUAGUAGAUCUUACUCCAGUUCCUCCCAGUAGGUCCUAUUACUGCCAGUCUAAACUGGUUUUAUAAAGCUGAGAUUCGCAUAAGGUGAAACGGCGCCACUGGCCGCCCCAGGCGCAUUUGUUAUUGUUUUUUAAACGGGGCAGAGGAGCAUACAUACUCUGCUGUUCUAUCGUGUGUGCAAUGACGUCAGAGGUAAAACACACAGUGUUCUUUAUUUAAAGUUGUUGUAAUAUGGCAAACGGACGUGGCAGUUUCACCGCUACGGAUUCCAGCUUUAAGGACUUACGGGUUUUCAGUGUUUGUGAGCAGAAGACGAAUGUUGAAUGUGUGUAAGAAUGUGUCUUGAUUCUUUUUGGAAUUAUUUUCAAAGUUCUGUUAUAUAGGCAAAAUAUUUAUAUGAAUUAUUAUGUUAUUCUCAUGUAAGAUACUAUUGUAUUAUUUUUAUACAAGUUAUGAAUAAGUUAUUCAUCUUAAAUUAUGUCUUUCAACUUUUUAAUAAUAAAAAUAUAUACAGUUGAAGUCAGAAGUUUACAUACACCUUAGCCAAAUACAUUUAA